AUGAUGGAUGUUGCCUUAUUCAAUGAAGAGAAUCCAAUUAUGGAUUGGCUGUCCAACUCCAUGACUGAAUCUGCACCAAUUCUAGAUGACUAUGAUGACUAUGAUGAUGAUUGGACCACACCUGGUGGAUUCCUCAUUGAUGAGCUACAGAUGCAACCAGAAGAAGUGGUUGCAUUCAAGAGGAAGCUUUGUUUUGGUAGAAAUGGUGGUCAGAAGAAAGGGAAGGUGGGAUUGGAUGAUGAGGAAGAAUUCGUAGAUGACUAUGAGUCGGAUUCUGCACAUGGUAGCCCUGUGUAUGCUGAGACAGGGGAUAGCAGCUCCGCCUCUGAAGAGGAUGGUGAUGGUGCUGAUGAUGUGGGGGGAGAUCAAUCUGGUGGUGGUAUAGCCUUUGGUGAGGCUGCAAAAAAGCAUGGCGCUGGAAGUAGUGGACGUAGAGCCCGUGGUGGUGGUGCAGCCUGCCGUUCAGGAGUUACAAUUGGAAGGCCAAGCUGCUCUAUCCGUCCAAGAUCAACUAGGAAGAAGAAACCAACUCUCAAGGCUGUCUCCGAACUCUAA